CCUAUCCUCGCGAGUGCGCAUCGGUCUUGACAGCAUAAUGCGCGCUCUCGCGUUCCCCGGAUGCGUGUUUACAGUCUCCUCUCUCCACCCUUGAAAUGAGAGAGGUGCUAGGUGGAAGGGACAUCGUUUUACCAGGAAACCCUCCACGAAGGGACACCCAAGCGCGAGAGCUUUAAACAUACGGAGGCGAGUCUCUGAGGCGCGAGGAGAAAUCGAUUCGACACCCAAGGUCAAUUAUCUCUCUGAAUAAACUUCAGACACGGAGAAACCACGAACCUGUGAGGAUGGAGCAGGCAUACGGGGCUGGCAAGGCUGGAGGAACCUUCGACCCAAUUACCUUCAUUCAGCAACCGCAGGCCAUUCUUCGUAUCGUGUCAUGGAUCUUUUCCAUCGUGAUUUUUGGAUGUAUUGCUAAUGAGGGAUAUGUGAACCCUCCAGAUUCACCGGAGGAGUUCUGUAUCUUCAACAAGAAUCAGAAUGCCUGUAACUAUGGUGUUGGGAUGGGUGCGCUGGCGUUCCUCAGUUGCGCUGCUUUUCUGGCUCUCGAUGUGUAUUUCCCUCAGAUAAGCAGCGUCAAAGACCGUAAGAAGGCCGUGUUGGCUGAUAUCGGUGUUUCGGCGUUCUGGUCUUUCAUGUGGUUUGUGGGAUUCUGUUUCUUGGCCAAUCAGUGGCAGGUGUCCAAACCAGACGAUAACCCCCUGAAAGAGGGCGGAGAUGCUGCCAGAGCCGCCAUAACCUUUUCCUUCUUCUCCAUAUUCACAUGGGCUGCUCAAGCUUUCUUAGGAUUCCAGAGGUACAAGCUAGGAUCAAGCUCCUCUCUCUUCUCUCAGGACUAUAUUGAUCCAACCCAAGAUCCAGCAGCAGCGCCCUCUACAGGUACAGAAUAUACUGCAUACAACGCUGACAUGGAGGCCAAUUACGACGGCUCUGGUGGGUACCAGAAUGAAGACUACUAAUGUGGCAUGUAAGGAUGUACGCCACAGCCUUAACAAGUUAGGCUGGUAGUGUUACAUGGGGAAAUGGGAACAUUUGGGUGGAAACAUGAACAUUGGGACUUCUUUUGGGGAUUAUGGGGACCAAUGCAGAUAGGAAUUUAUGGUGGUUGAGGGACAGAGAAAUUCAGGGGUGUGGUUGGUGCUAUUAACCCCUUGUGUAUUUUAUACUCUAUUUUAUACUGUGUUUAAAGAGUCUUUAUUUAGGCCUAAUGUUGGCACAAGAUUUUCAGAAACCACAAAGCAUUGGAUUUAGUUGAUUGAUCAAGUACAUAGAAUAUUAAAUAUCCAAAUUUGUGAAAAGACAUCCUAACCAAACCAGCUGACUACCAACUCUAGUCAAUGAAACUGACCAGAUUUGUCCUAAUGGUACCUGUAAUGAAACAAAAUGCUUUGAAAGAACAUAUUUUUUUGUUGUUACCUCUGUGCUGCCAUUUUGUCAAAACAUAUUUAUUCUGGAAUUCUGAAGAUUGAAAAUAUUCAAUCUCUGCAACUGGCAUGAUUAAUAACAAUGUAUGGUCUGUAAUCAAUGUAAUGCAGAAAGUAAAAGUACAUAAGUGAAAUAUAGCUUACUGAAAGACAAUUUGGUUAUGAGAGGAAUGAGUUUAUCAUUUUGUGCUAAUGGUAACAGGAAUUCAGCCACAAUUCUAUUGUUAUAGUCCACUGAUGCCUCAAAUGGUUAUUUCUGCUUGAAAGAACAGAUAAGUAGACUUUUAAAUUAAAUUAUAACCUCUUAUCUUUUUGAGUGAUUAGUGAACUUACUAUAAUGGUCUACAAUGUAAAAAAUAUAUAUUUGUUGGUUUAAUUUAAAGUAAGUUACAUGGCUGCCUUUAAGUUUUGAGUUGAUUUCACUUAAAAAUAUUAGUUGACACAACUUUUUGUGUCAACUAAUAUUUUUAAGUCAAAUCAAUUAAAUUUUGAAUGCAACUAGGCAAGUUGAACCAACAAAUCAUAAUUAACAGUGUAUUCAUAUUAUUUGUGACCAUGGACCACAAAACCUAAGAGUUAUAAGCAUAAUUUUUUUUAUUGAGAUUUAUACCUCUGGGAAAAUAAGUAUUUGACACAUCAGCAUUUUUAUCAGUAAGGAGAUUUCUAAGUGGCUAUUGAGACAAAAUUUCCACCAGAUGUAGCCAUUAAGCCAAAUAAUCAAUUUAUACAGUACAAUGAAAUCAGAACAUUUAAGUAUACAAGUUGAGUCAUAAUAAAUAAAGUGAAAUGACACACGGAAUAAGUAUUGAACACAUGAAGAGAACAAGGUGCAAAAUGGCAUAGAAAGCCAGGAGAUCACCUGAAAACUGUCAGUAUUGAGAGAGAAACCCUGCCCCCUAUCAGUACUAAUUGAUAUCAGCUGCUUUAGUCCUAAUUGAUAUAUUCAUAUAUAUAAUUCAUGAUGGGUAAAAGCAAAAAACUCUCUCAAGAUCUUCGUAAUCUUGUCAUUGAAUGGGGGAUGGUUAUUGGCGUAUUUCCAGAAUGAAAAGUGCAUCACUUCACCUAAAACUGGCCAGGAUCAGGUUCUUCACAUAAGAUCCCUGUCCGAGGAGUCCAAAGAAUAAUCAGGACAGUUCUCCAAGAGCCGAGAACCACUCGGGCAGAACUUCAGGAAGACCUUGCAUCAACAGGUACUGUUGUUUCAAAGAAAACUAUAAGCAAUGCACUGAACCGCCAUGGCAUCCAUGCACGCUCACCACGCAAGACUCCAUUGCUGAACAAAAAGCAUGUUGAGGCUCAGUUAAAGUUUGCGAAAGGGCAUUCUACACAUCAUGUUUGGAGAAGAAUUGGCACUGCCCACCACCCCAAGAACACCAUACCAACAGUUAAGAUUGGGGGUGGAAGCAUCAUGGUUUGGGGCUGCUUUCCAGCAAGAGGUACUGGCAGGAUGAAUGGAGAAAUGUACUGGGACAUUCUGGAUAAAAAUCUGCUGCCAUCUACCAGAAAGUUGAAAAUGAAAAGAGGGUGGACAAACACAAGGCCAAAGAAACAAUGAAGUGGUUUCAAAGAAAGAAAAUCAAGUUGCUUGAAUGGCCCAGUGAGAGAACUGAAGAUCCAAGUUCAUAAAAGAGGCCCAAGGAACCUUCAAGAUUUAAAGACCAUUUGUGUGGAAGAAUGGGCCAGAAUCACUCCUGAGCAAUGCAGACAACUGGUCUCUCCAUACAAGAGGCGUCUAGAAGCUGUAAUCACCCAAAGGCUUUUCUACAAAGUAUUUAAUAAAUUGUGUUCAAUACUUAUUCCCUGUGUCAUUUCACUUUAUUAUGACUCAACUUGUAUACUUAAAUGUUCUGAUUUCUUUGUAUGAUUUUAAUAUUUGGCUUGACAGCUACAUCUGGUGGAAUUUUGUGUCAAUAGCCCACUUAGAUAUCACCUUACUGAUAAAAAUGCUGUUGUGUCAAAUACUUAUUUUCCCUGCUGUACAUCAUCUGAAAGUUGAAUAAAUGUUUUCCAGAAAUCUGUGGUUUGUUAGGAGGACAAUAUUUGGCAGAGAUACACAAAUCUGGAAUCUGAGAGUGCAAAAAAAUUGAGAAAUAUCUUCAUGGAACAUGAUUUUUACUUGAUAUCUUAAUGAUUUCUGCAUAAAUGGAAAAUCUAUCAUUUUGACCCAUACAAUGUACAGUAUUGUUGGCUAUUGCUACAAAGUGCGACCUUAGACUGGUUUUGUGAUCCAGGGUCACAUUUGUCUUGAAUGCUAACAGGUUCCUUUGUGGUAGUUUUACCUUAUUCAUAAAAGUUUUGGGAGUGUACUUAAAAUGUUUUUAUCAUAGUUACUGUAAUGACUCUUGAAUCUGUAGAGUAGCAGAGUUAUACUGUACAUUACAAGUCUACUGGGUGUUUAAAUUAUUAAAAAUUAUAAUAUGUACAUGAUUAUAUAAAACCAGCAUAUUUUUAUUUAUUUACAAAGAUGUAAUAUAAUCAUAUGAUUUCUUUAUAAAUUUAUUAUCAAAAUAAUCGCCAAAAGUCAUAUAAAUGAACAAUCAUAAUGUGUAUAUUUAUUGAAUUUAAACUUGUAAAUCUAGCAUCAUUGUUCUCUUUAGCAAGUUACUGUUUUCUGAAACAGGAAACCUUUUUAUCUCUCUAACUUAUUAAAAGGAACGCUACAAUACAAUCGGUAUAUUAUAUAGAUGGUGUAUAUCAAAUGUGUUAUGUACUGUAUAUGUGCAAUUGUGGAGCUAAAAUUACAAAAUAUGUGACUGAAUUUGAAUCAUUAGGUUAUAAUGGAUCCAUGUAUUUUGUCCUGUUGUGUAUGUUGCUUGUCUGGUAAGACGUCUGAUAUAACUGAUAAUAAUAAAAGACAUUGACUGAUGGA